GGCGGCAAGUCAGUGGACGGCUGGCCGCCGAACAAGGAAGUUCUUGUGUCGCCAGAGAUAAGGUUAGGGGCGAGUUUGUUGUCAUUUCGCGGGGUCGCGCUGUGAAUGUCACCGGCCGGCCGUGUGUGGUGAUUCGGCCUUCCCCACUGCUGCUUCCCCCGCGGAUUCGGCCGGCCUGGGUCCGCCCGGACGGCCAGGACGCUGGCGGGGCGCGAGACUGGAUGUGUUGUGCAGCACACAGAGGAGGCCCUCUCCGACUUGAAGUGGUGACGCGAGCGGUGCAGCGUCGACAUGUCAUAAUCGACAUGACGGGCAUUGUCUCGCCCUGACUGCGGGCGCGGCGAGGUGUGGAAACGUCCUCCCGGCUGCGCGCGGCGCCGCGAGGAGAGCAACGCUUGGAGGUUAUGGUCGCCCAGUGUAGCAGGAGCAUCAACAUCGACAUUCCUGGCCCUCGUCGCGGCGGCGGCAGGGGCGGCAGCAGCAGACUGGUGUUGCUGUGUACUCCAGUGGCCCUGGUGUGAGAGGGUGCAUUCAUGUGAGAUGCCCAAGGCGAAGAGUGAAGUAUUUGCUGAAGUGAGCCACCAUGCCUCCCCCAAAGCUGGUCAACACUCAGAGGAAGCACACCAAAUGGCGUCAAGAUGCCAAGAUCGACAGAUAAAAAGAAACGGCCUGCUGAUGUGCCAGUAGUCUGAUCCCUGUGUGACUGUCUUCAUUGCAAAGAAAUGUGCAUUCAAGUGCCAUAGUACGGAUGAAGUGUGUCAAAAGCCAUUUUUAUUAGAAAGACUCAAAGUGUGUGUGUGAGUGUGUGUGUGUGUGUGCGCGCGAGUGUGUGUGUCUGUGGAAGACAAUAAUUUUAAUAUGAAGAUGCUUUCAUCUGAAAGUCGGAAGAAGCUGGGAGGCUCAAUCAGAGUCGGUGGGAACAGCGAGGCAGCGUUGCUGUUGCCUGGUUCUCAUGUUGGAGGGAGCAGCUCUUCACUAGCGCGUCAGUCUUCCCGUUUAGCUUGUCUCACCAGACUUGUCACUGUGAAGCGCUGUGUCGCUGCUCUUGUUCUACUCUCAACUAUCUCCAUCCUUUACUACACCCAUUACCUUGGCAAUCAUCCCUUUUCCAGUCUCAUUAGGCGUGACACAAGGCCAGAGCCUGCCAUUCGCUGCUCUGUGGCUGGGGGCCCAUCUCGGAUACCAACUCCAGCCCAUGAUCAUCGCUCUGCGGCUCGUUUGAGAAUAGAUGCUAAAGUUCUAGUUUUUGUUGAAACAACUUACUCACGCCUUGGAAGAGAAAUUGCAGAACUUCUAGUGUACAACAGGAUAAAGUACAAAGUAGAAGUGGCUGGAAAAUCCCUUCCAGUUCUCACAAAUUUAGAUAAGGGAAAGUAUGGAGUUAUAGUGUUUGAGAACAUCAACAAGUAUUUGAAUAUGGAUAAGUGGAACCGAGAACUUAUAGACAAAUAUUGCCGGGAGUACAGUGUUGGUGUGGUUGCCUUUCAACCUGCCUCAGAGGAAACCCUUGUGGGUGCGCAGUUAAAGGGAUUUCCAUUAUACAUUCAUACAAAUCUACGACUUAAGGAUGCUGUUUUAAAUGCUGCAUCACCUAUUCUGAGAUUGACGCGAGCUGGUGAAAGUGCCUGGGGUCAACUGCCUGGUGAAGAUUGGACAGUGUUUCAUCCCAACCACUCUACAUACGAGCCCCUUGCUUGGGCAUUAAGAGAUGGUCCGGGUGGUCAGGAUAAGACUCCUCUUACCACCAUUGUGCAGGACCAUGGAUCAAUUGAUGGCAUACAAAGAAUACUGUUUGGAGCAGGUCUUCGUUUCUGGCUCCACAAACUUCUUUUCCUUGACUCUCUGUCCUAUUUAUCUCAUGGACAGUUGAGUGUAAGUCUUCAAAGGUUCCUUCUUGUAGAUAUAGAUGAUAUAUUUGUGGGGGAGCGUGGCACUCGGCUCUUAAAAGACGAUGUUCAUGCACUUCUCAAGAGUCAAACUCGAAUCCAGCAAAUGGUACCAGGAUUUCGAUUCAAUUUGGGCUUUUCCGGAAAAUAUUUUCACCAUGGAGCUCCAGAAGAAAACCAAGGAGAUGACAUGCUACUUGAAAAUGUUGAUAAGUUCACGUGGUUUAGUCACAUGUGGAACCAUCAACAACCACAUCUCUAUGAUAAUGGCACUCUCCUGGCCACAGACAUGAUGUUGAAUAAAAACUUUGCAAAGGAGCAUGGAAUACCAACAGAUACUGGAUAUUCUGUUUCCCCACACCACUCCGGCGUUUAUCCAGUGCAUGAACCUCUUUAUGCGGCAUGGAAACGUGUAUGGAAUGUGAGAGUGACGUCUACGGAAGAAUAUCCUCAUUUGCGCCCGGCUCGCCUUCGAAGGGGUUUCAUACACCGUAACAUCAUGGUAUUACCAAGACAAACAUGUGGUUUGUUUACUCAUACAAUUUUUAUUGAAAGAUAUCCUGGGGGCAGAGAAAAAUUGGAUGAAUCUAUUCAAGGAGGUGAACUUUUCCAGACAAUAGUCUACAAUCCUAUGAAUAUCUUUAUGACGCAUAUGUCAAACUAUGGGAAUGACCGCCUAGCAUUGUAUACUUUUGAGUCUGUCAUUAAAUUUGUACAAUGUUGGACCAAUCUGCGGUUGAUAUCUGUUCCUCCAGUUCAACUAGCAGAGAAAUACUUCCAAAUGUAUCCAGAGGAAGCAAAUCCUGUUUGGGGAAAUCCCUGUGACGACAUGAGGCAUGAAAAAAUUUGGUCCCGCAAUAAAACAUGUGAACAAUUACCCCGAUUUCUGGUGAUUGGUCCCCAAAAAACUGGUACAACAGCAUUAUAUACAUUUUUGUCAAUGCAUCCUGAAGUAUCAUCCAACUUUCCUAGCCAAGACACUUUUGAAGAAAUUCAGUUUUUCAAUGGAAAAAAUUAUUAUCGGGGACUGGAUUGGUAUAUGAGCUUUUUCCCAACACCAACAAAUUCCACUUCUCGUUAUUUGUUUGAGAAAAGUGCAACCUACUUUGAUGGAGACCUUGUUCCUCGACGUGCACAUGCUUUACUCCCUCAUGCCAAACUGGUCACCAUUCUUAUUUCUCCUGCUCGUCGCGCCUAUUCAUGGUACCAACACAUGCGGGCGCAUGGCGACGAAAUUGCACUCAAUUACUCAUUUCAUCAAGUCAUUACAGCAACAGACACUGCUCCUAAAACUCUAAGGGAAUUGAGGAACAGGUGUCUGAACCCUGGUAAAUACUCUCAACAUUUGGAGAGAUGGCUUUCUUAUUAUCCCCCUCAACAACUACUCAUAGUAGACGGUGAACAACUUCGUAACAAUCCUAUAGGAGUUAUGAAUGAGCUGCAGCGGUUUUUGAAACUUACCCCACCCUUCGAUUAUUCAAAACAUCUUAGGUAUGAUUCGAAGAAAGGUUUUUAUUGCCAAGUAGUAAGUUCUGAUCAUACCAAGUGUUUGGGCCGAAGUAAAGGACGUCAAUACCCCCCAAUGGAAGAACGAUCUUACAAACUACUGCAGCGGUACUACUUGUCACACAACACAGCCCUUCUGAAACUUUUCAAACGAUUGGGAAAUCAUGUUGUACCACAAUGGCUGAAGGAAGAUCUAAGUGCUCUUUGAUGUGUCUAUCAAAUGACAAGUAUGAUUAAGUUAUUAUCACUUGAGAAGGCCAUAAGCAAAACUUUUCCACAAUGACAGGAAAAAUUGUCUCCAAGUCUAUUUUGGAUGGAAAGUUUUUAUUUUGUUAUGGAAUUUAAUAAUAAUGAUUUGUUUCUUACGUUUUCCUAAUUUUAAGGUGUAGAUUCUUGUUAGUUCUCUUUAAAAUUAAUAUGAACUGUUGUUAAAUGUCACUAUGACAUAUCUAAAUUGAUCUUUGUAUAUAUGAAAGAGAUUUGUGUACAAAUAUCAAUAAAUUUACUGUACAGUGUGUAUAUAUCUUACUAAGGUAAGCAAGUUGCAAUGUAGUAAAUAUGACUCAUUAAUUUCUGCUGUGUUUAUAGCAGCAUUAUUGAUUUAAGGCUAUUUCUAACUGAUUGUUAAUUUGUUUAAAAAAAUUGAUUGUUUCAUUAGUGUUGUUGCAUGAAAGUGUUGUUAAAAACUCUGAACUUUAUUGGCAUAUGUCACUCAGUGAAUUCUGAAUAUAUCUCAAACUAUGAGCUUCCAAGGUGUUCAAGAAUAAUGUGAACCCUCAGAAAGUAAAUUAAUUGUUAUGUAUUAAGACAUGUUCUCAUAAUAGGAUUAGAUUGUGUACUGAUGUACUCAUAAAUUAAUUACUUGUCUGUGAUAUUCUGGUUGGUGAAACUGAUAAUGAUCACAAUCAUAAUCACCUGAAUUUUUCAAGGCUUUGUGUGAUCAUGUUACCUCCAGUUAGUCCGCCCAGUUGUUCCAAGCUUUACUCUUAAGUUCUAAUUGCUGUGCAAACCUGCUACCGACCAUUGUCUCCAGUUGUCUCUUUAAUUUAACACUUUUUGUCUUCUGCAUUUUUUUUCUUUAGUUUUUAAAUCUGUUUAUUGAUGUUGCUGCUUUCAUUAUGUAUUCUCAUUUCAGACAUUAAUUUACGAUUGGCAGGAUUCUUACAAAAUGAUGUGAUUCUUGUAGAGUAAAAGCUAAAAAAUUUGUUGUGCCAUUUAGCACAAUACACAAGUGAUUUUGUAUUCAGUUAUAUUUAAAGUAGAAUGUCAAUCUACACUGUGUUGUCAAUUGUUAAGCCUGUUGCAUAAUCAAUUUCAAGUCAAAUCAGCCAAUUGAUGUCAUUGCACAGUUGCUAUGUCCGCUGUAAUAUUUACAGCAUUUGUUUGUACCCUUCAUAUUGCAAUGGCAAAGCUGUAUACAGAUGUGAUCUAAAGUGAUGGUGUUUUCAUUCUUAGGAAGCAUUAAGAAUAAACAACAAUGAAUGGACUAUA